GGGCCGCACCUUUGCCCACCGCCCGCCUACCUCCCGCGGCUCCCGAGGGCCCCAUGGCUGCGGCGGAAGCCCCCUGGGGGUGGCAGUGGGGAGAGGCCCGCGCGCUCGGCCGGGCGGUGAGGCUGCUGCAGCGCCUGGAAGAGCAAUGUGGGGACCCCCGGCUUGCCUCCAGUCCCCCCUCGCUGCCAGACCUGCUGCCCCGCAUCGCGCAGCUGCUGCGCCAGGUGGCCCACGCCCGGCGGGCGGCACGUGGGGACGACGCCGAGGGUCCCGGUGGUGCGAGGGACUUUCUCAUCGUCUACCUUCACAACCUGGAGGCCAAGAGCAGGCAGGUGGCGGCACUGCUGCCACCCCGGGGUGGGAGGAGUGCCAAGGACCAGCUCUUCCGGGAGGGCUCCAGACUCAGGCGACAGCUGGCCAAGCUGGCCCUCAUCUUCAGUUACAUGCAUGCGGAGCUGGGCGCACUCUUCCCCAAGGGAAAGUACUGUGGACACACGUACCAACUCACCAAGGCCCGGGCCCACACCUUCUGGAGGGAGCACUGUGGAGCCCGGUGUGUGCUGCCCUGGGCUGAGUUUGAGUGGCUCUUGUGCACGUGCCACCCAGUGGAAUCUGGCUGCACGGCCCUGGCCUUGCGCUCCACCAUUAACCUCACCUGCAGCGGCCACGUGUCCAUCUUCGAGUUUGACCUUUUCACCAGGCUCUUCCAGCCGUGGCCAACACUCCUCAAGAACUGGCAGUUCCUGGCGGUCAACCACCCGGGCUACAUGGCCUUCCUCACAUAUGAUGAGGUCCAAGCGCGUCUGCAGACCUACAGAGACAAGCCAGGCAGCUACAUCUUCCGGCCCAGCUGCACUCGCCUGGGUCAAUGGGCCAUUGGAUACGUGAGCUCAGAUGGCAGCAUCCUGCAGACCAUCCCUCUCAACAAACCCCUGUUCCAAGCACUCCUGGACGGACAAAAGGAAGGCUUCUACCUCUACCCAGAUGGGAAGAACCACAACCCAGACCUGACUGAGCUCUACCAGAUGGAACCCCAUCCGUACAUCCAUGUGUCAGAGGAGCAGCUGCAGCUAUACUGGGCCAUGGACUCCACGUUCGAACUCUGCAAGAUCUGUGCUGAGAGCAACAAGGACGUGAAGAUCGAGCCCUGUGGGCACCUGCUCUGUAGCCGCUGCCUGGCCACCUGGCAGCACUCCGACAGCCAGACCUGUCCCUUCUGCCGCAGAGAGAUCAAGGGCCAAGAGGCUGUGAGUAUCCUAUCCCAAGUGAGGCCACCGGAAGCCAGGGCCACUGCUGAGGACCCGAAAGAGAGCAGUGACCAGGAAGAUGGGGAGGAGGAGCUGGGGCAGGUGGUUUCCUCAGCUCCCCCACUGCCCCCUCAGCUGAGUGCAUCCCCAGCUAAAGGCCAGCUGAAAGUGGCACCUCUGGCCCUCCCCAGACUUCAGGGCCCUCUUUCCUUUCCAAGAUUUAAGACUGUGGCCUUGGCCCCAUGGCAAAUCACCUCCAGCCCUCAGGCCAGGGAGGGAGCCCCAGGAAACUCCUAAGGGAAAAGUCACCCCUCCGGCUGCCCCUGGGGGGGCCCAUGAUCGCUGCCCAGGCAUGGGGGCCGGUGAGUCUACUCCAGCCCAGCCCCGGCCAGGUUCCCUCCCUUGGCCUGGCCCUGCCCUUGUCCCCCAACCUGGCUGUGAUACUAUCUAACCCCCCUCUCUUUCUGCCUCGCAGGGCCCCAAAUGUGCUGCUAAAGGGAGCCCCAGGGGCUAGAAGGGGUUUGUGACUAAUAAAGUGCCAAGCCUUGUUGUCCUCUGAUAUGUGGAGAAAGUGCAGCAGGCACUAGGGGGCAGCUUGACCUGGGGGGGGGGGUGUCCCUGAGGCCUGAUCAUCCCCCC